AUGGAUCUUAAAUAUGUUCUGUACGUUGUAUUGCUGUUAAAUAGAAGCAGCAGCGUAGUAUAUGGAAUGGAUAAUAGUGAAACGUUCAAAAUAACCGACAGAGUGUUCAGCUGCAGCAAAUGGCUAUCUUCACUAAUAGACAACUUUUGCAACAACGUGUACAAAAUUGUUAAGAGGGACACCUCGCUAAUGGUUGAGAAAAUGGCUCCAAAAGAUCUCCAAAAGGGUAUGUACAAGCAACGCAUACUCGCCGAGGAGCAUUGGAGGAGAGUACGGAGACAAGUGGCGAGCGAAUGCUGCGAGCGGCCAUGUACCGUCGGCAACAUCAUCAUGUACUGCCCUGACGAUGCUAAACUUCUCAGAGAAAAUCCCGACAUAUUUUAC